AUGUGUUCAACCGAAAUAAAAGAAGAAACUGUAGAAAACACAAUUUCAUCAAACAGCACACCUAAAACAGGGAUUAAUAGCUCCAGCAAAUCAAGAGAGGUUCAUUCUGAAAAAAUUUCUACUGGUUCAAAUAAUAUUAACCUACUCAGUCUGAGUCACUCGAAAUCCGUAACACCAUCCUCUGAAAUUGGAUCCAAAUAUGUUGAUUCAAAUCAGAUAAUAGAAAAUGUAAUUUCAGCAAACUUACAGUCGAGUUCAGCUUUAUCCAAUCUAGAACUAAGUUUUCCACAUACUUUUUCUGGUAUUUCUGCAACAAGUUUAUCAGAUUUGUCUUCAAGAAACAUCACAUCACUCGAACAGAACCAAGACGUUCUGAAUAACAAAUCUUUAUCCCAAAAUAAAUUUGAAGUUUUUCGUACACAUUCAGCAGAUGAAAAAAUUCAUGAUUUCGCAUAUUUAUCAAAAAGUUCAUUAGAUAUAUCUCAUCACGCUUCUCAUAACACUUCUACUAAUGAUUCUGAUAACGCUUCUACUAAUGAUUCUGAUAACGCUUCUACUAAUGAUUCUGAUAACGCUUCUACUAAUGAUUCUGAUAGCGCUUCUACUAAUGAUUCUGAUAACGCUUCUGUUAUCGCUUCUAAUAACGCUUUUACUGAAACAUUAAAAAACAAUUAG